AGAAUGACACAUGUGCUGUUUCCUUUUCCAGUUGUAAAGGGGUCAGGAGCCAGGCAAGGAGAGCCCGAACAAGAAGAGCAUUUUCCUGGGUUCUUCCAGCUGUUCUGUUCAAUCCCGCCGUCAGUUUUGAGCAGGGAAGAGAGACUGUCAACACAAAUAAGGCAUUUUUCAAAGGCGUAAAUUAUGAGUUCCCAAAACAAUGCGACAUCUCAACCACAUGGAGAAGUGGAGAGCCCCACAGCUGGAGCAGAUGUGGCUGUUAUUGGAGGCGUGAUUGCUGCCGUGGUAUUCGUCCUCAUUUGCCUGCUGGUGGUGAUGGUGAGGUACAUGUACAGGCACAAGGGCACCUACCACACCAACGAGGCCAAAGGAACUGAGUUCGCCGAAAGCGCGGAUGCCGCUUUGAAAAAUGACCCCGCUCUCCAGGAAGCUGUGGAUGAGAGCAAAAAGGAAUAUUUCAUCUGAGAGGCAAGGAUUUCCAUGGAGACUUCCCCAAGGGAAUCAAGCAGAAAUAUAACAUCAACAGAAGUACUAAGAGAUGGAUAAUAUGAGGAUACAGGCGAGCAUCCUAAUUGAAAAGUAUCUCUUUACUUUUUUUUGUCACUGGGUUGUUUCUUUUCCUCUAGCAGUGAAGAACUAAAUGCCAGAUACUUGCCUGUUGAUUUUAUUAGCAACACAGCUGGUCACAGUUGAAAUCAAUAUCAUAUAAGAAGAAACAAAAUCUCAGUAUGAGUGAUACACCAAAACCAGAUAAAGAUAGCAAAUGUCAAGUCUUGACAUUUGGUGAAAAUAGCAGAUGCCAAAUGAAAACAUCCUCUUAGAGUUAAUGAUGCAUCCUAUUCUGAUAUGAUGAAGAACUACCUGAAAUUGAAUUUCAAAUGGUAACAGAACAAACAUUACACUAGAUAAAGGUGAUCUAG